AUGCAAGCGUCCAACAACCAUUGUCGGAUAUGUGGAGCUCCCGCAGUUUAUGCAUAUUAUGGCGUGGUAUCAUGUCAAUCGUGUAAGAUGUUUUUCAGACGAAACGCUGAUAAUCACAAAGUGACAGCGUCGUGUAAUUCCAAUGGUCAAUGUGAAAUCAAUAUUAAUACUCGACAUGUAUGCGGUGCAUGUCGAUUGAAGAAGUGCACUAUGUGUGGAAUGACUACCGACAAAUUUCGAGCACCAAUAAUACGUCGACCAAACAAAUCAGUUCUGGUCAGUCGUCAAGUCCAGAAGCUACCAUCAAGAAACCUUCUCGACGCAGAUCAAUCGCUGUUAGACACGAGUCAAUGGACACUUCUCUCAAAUUUAUUGAAUACCUUCCAAGAAUGUGAAAUAUUCUCGAUUAGUCAACGUUUAUGUGAUACUCAUCAUUUAACUGACUAUUCAAAUGAAAAAUACCAAUCGUUAAUCGAUGACUUCGUAUCAUGUACUUAUAAAACAACGGAGAAAUAUCUCCGUAUGAAUCAUGACUUUUCAAAAUUGCCGUUUGAUGAUCGGGCGAUAGUACUUCGAAAUGCUGCUCACAAAAUAUCUUCGCUUUUUCAAACUCGUUAA